AUGUCCAUCACGGCCUGUCAAAAAGUGACUCUGAUUUCGUGUUCGGUUCUGUGCGUGUCGCUCUUCUUGCCCAGGAUGCUUCUGACCGGAGCCAAAAAGGAGUUGGGGCGGCCGCAGGUUGGGCCCGGGUUCUCCCCACCUCGGAUGCAUCAGGUGCCGUCGUCCGACGACCCGGACCAGUGGGGCUUGGACCUUUUCCGCUCCAUGACCCGCAGCGCCGAGGCCUCCGCCAGAGUCGCAAACAUCGGACGUGGCAAAAAACACAACCUGAUGGCUCAAGUCAUCCCCAUUUAUGGAUUUGGGAUUCCUUACAUCCUCUACAUAAUUUACAAGGUUCAUACCAGAAAGUACAGUACAACUGUGAGCAUGGAGAGGAAUAUGACAGCUGACGACGAGCUUGCCAGACUACAGGAGCGAAUACUUCAGUCGGAAAGGAUCUUGGAGAGGAUCGUUUCGGGGAAUACUCGCGCUUCUGGGAGCGGAAGACGCAGGAGAAGUAAAUCGACUUCGACUAAGAAAGAGGAGAAACUUCUGAAGCAGCUGAGGCAGAUAGCACAAGUGAUGCAAGAGGGCCGCCAGGAGGGCGCCUCCCCGGAGAUGGAGGCAGAGGAAGUGCCUUACGGCGCAGACUGGGAAGGCUACCCAGAGGAAACCUACCCCGAGUAUGAAGUACCCGAUUACAAACGUGGAUUUGACCGCGCGGCCCUGGAGGAGCCCGCCAACCAGCCCACUGCGGAGGCCUUGGCGGAGCGAAUGGAGCAAGACGAGGAAGAGUUGGUGGCAAGGAAGUUAUCUAUCGUACGAGAGGAGGAUGAAGAUGAGCAGGAGGAAGAUGAGGAUGAGGAGGAGGAAGAUGAGGAUGUGGAGGAAGAAGAGGAAGAGGAGGUGGAGGAGGAGGAGGAAGGGGAGGAGGAGGAGGAGGAGGAGGAAGAGGAAGCAGAAGCUGAGAAAAGACUUUUGCUACUUCCUCUUGCGUCCCAGGAUGAUGCAAAAACAAAGCAUGAAAGAUUAGGUCUCCAAAUACACAACGAGCUGCAAGGUCGUCAGACAGCGGGGAGGAAGCACAUUAGCUUCAAUGACCAAAGGGAUGUUUUCCACUACCCCAAGGAGGGGACCUACGAAGGGCAGCUGGAGAAAGAGGAGGACGGAGGAGGAGAAGAUGACGACGAAGACGACGGACCGGAGGUGGAAGACGACGAGGAGGCCGAUGAGGAAGAUCCCGUGACCGAGGCAGAGAGACUCCAGUUCGCCGGCGCAGAGUGUCCCGACCCCGAGGAAGACGCGGAGGAGGGGGGGGGUGCGACGUAUUUGCCGAUGUUAGCGUCCGCGGGGGGCGACAGUAACGUUCACCGAGACAUUCGGAAAGAGGUCAGCGGCCUGAGGAUGCGAAACAGGAGAGAGACGUGA